AUGCAAAAACGAGUUUCACCAAAGGAAAAAACUGCCAACUCUCCUAAGCCAAGAACGCCUAGAAAGCGUCAACCCAAGGCACAGGUUCCAGCAAAUGACGCGUUUCCCUCGAAUUCUCAGAGUAAUGUUGCCGGUUCCAAAAAACGUGGACGUUCGAAAGUCGCCGCUUCAACAAGCUUGCAAGCUCGGCCCAACCAACCCUCUGAUCUUUCUCAAAAUGAAGUGAUUAUAGAUGAAAUAGAUCAAAACAACCCGGAAAUCCUAUCUGACGACAAUGAGAUCGAAGAUGCAGCAAUUUUUCUUGGCAAGCCUUCAAAUAGGCGAAUUGGUACCAUUCACCCGGAUUCUUUUUUGCCUCCAGGACGCUUACAAUCAUUGGAUUCGUUACAAACAAAACCAAUUGGACGACUCUCUUCUAUAAGAACUGUUCCCGACUAUGAUUUUCAUAUUGUAAAGGAAGAUGAUGAUGUCGAUACAAUCUCUAACGCCCCGUCCAAUGCUGUUACAAUGAGAGGUAACCAGAGAACCACGUUCACACCAAACAGUCCGGUCAGGCGCAAAAAGCUCACCUUACCAUAUGUCGAUGAAUCUUCUUAUUUCAGCCUAGAUGAUACGAAAUCGGGUAUUCCAGACUUCCCGGAAAUAGGUCCUCGUCCAAGGCGAGACUUUAAUAUGGUCGCGUCUGGUCCUUUUGCCUUUGGGCCUGCUGAAUCCGAUAUGGGGGGUCACGACGAUUUUGAUGACUUUGGAGAAAUUGGUAGCAUGAAAAUUAUUUCAGAUAAUAAACUGAAAUCAGAAGUCGAGAACGCUCAACAUCUAGCAAAUGGCUUUGAUAAUGAUGACCUAUGGGCUCCUAUAGUCGUUUUUGGAGAAAAAGAAGAGGAGUAUCAGGAGAUCCUUGAAGAUAUUCAAUUAAAGAUUUUACCUGAACUAGAUCUAUCGAGCGAUCCUCAACCUGUUUUUAUGGAAACUGGUGUUUAUAAAACCCCAUUCAGUGAGAUAGAUGAUGAUCUGUAUUUGAUGCAAUUCCCGGCAAAUAUGCCAGAAUUUCUUCCUCCCCAAAAACCAAAAGUCGCACGAUUUGAAAAUCAACCAGAACAGCGAUCUCAACAACGUAAUGUAACUGCACAAAACUCAAAGGCAUUACAAAAUAAUAAGGCACAAAAUAAGUCAAAAACAACCGAUGAAGAAAAUCAAGAAAAAACAGACGAGAUCAAAAUAGAGCCGAUGCCAGAAGGAAGAAUAGGAACAUUUUUGGUGUAUAAGAAUGGCGACAUAAAACUAAAAAUCGGAGAAAUUAUAUAUGAUAUUUUCCCAGCCUCAGACGUUACGUUUCCUCAAACAGCUGUUGUGAUUGACACUGAUGAGGAAACAAAAGGUAUCUACGAGAUGGGAAACAUAACCAAGCAAUGGCUCGUCGCGCCAAAUAUAGAAAAUUUGUUUAACAGUUCUGAUGACGAUGAAAUUUCUGAAUCAUCUCACCCAGAUAUUAAAGGCAAACAAAAAGCAGUUGAUUGA